AUGCAUAAUGCAGCCAAUGGAAUAAAAGUUUUCACCUUGGGUGAUAACAAAAAUUCAAAAAAUGGUGUGAUCGCUGACCUUGAAUCAAAAAGCUAUACCUUUGAUGAGGUGAUAGAUAUUAUAGGUUUUGGGCGGACCACAUUACACAUCUUUAUAGCGUCUUCUAUAAUAAUGAUGGCAGUGUUAAAUGAAACGAUGGGAAUCUCUAUCGUAAUCCCUGCUGCUCAGUGCGAUUUGAAUCUGUCUCCCACGGAUAAAGGAAUUUUAACUGGCGUGAGUUUUGCAGGCAUUAUCGUUUCGUCACACUUCUGGGGUUAUAUGGCUGACACGAAAGGUCGCAGAAGAACGCUCAUCGUAUCACUGUAUCUGACCGCGAUUUGUGCGUUGGUGUCCGGUUUAUCCAUAAACUUUAGUAUGAUGGUGAUUAUGCGCUUCCUGGUCGGCGUAUUUAUCUCUGCACCAUCGGCAACGAUCUUUGCGUACCUGGGAGAAUUCUUUAAGACUGUGAACCGCACCUUGGUGAUAACGUAUGCGAGCGUGGCUGUUGGACUAUCGGCCGUUUUCACCGCAACAACUGGAUGGUUCGUGUUAUCCUAUGACUGGUCGCUGGAUGUUCCUGGAACGGAACUUGUUCUCAGGCCUUGGAGGCUUUUGUUUUUUGUCUAUACUCUGCCCACGCUAAUAGGAGCAUGCUGGCUUACGGUGCUUCCGGAAAGUCCAAAGUUUUACCUUUCCCGCGGGCGAGAAUCGGAAGCGUAUUCCAUAUUGGUGCGUUUGUUCCUAGAAAAUCACCCAAACGCAACAGCGGAUGAUUUUGUGGUUAAGCACAUUACACCUGAAGCUGGCCAGAAAGAUCGUAGCACCGGGCGGUGCGGGUCUCGCGGCUGUUGGCAGGUGGUCAAAAGUAUGUGGAAUCAGACGGUGCCUCUGUUUCAACGUCCAAAUGCACUAAAUUUCAUCGUUUGCUGUGUAGUUCAAUUUGGGCUGUUUGUGGUUUCCGCUGGGAUGGGCCUGUGGUUUCCCGACAUCAUCAAUCGUCUCACUGCUUUGAAUGUUUCCGAUGUGACCGUUUGUGAAGCAUUGAAUGCAUCCGCCAGUAAGGAGAACGAGAUCGCCCUGGAAGCUCAAUUCAUAACCGUUAAUGCCGUUUGCAACGACAAUAUCAAUGAGCGUGUCUUCAUCUACGCCAUCACACUUGGUGGACUAUACACCGCACUGUAUCUCGCUAUGUCGGUUCUGAUGAAAAAGCUGGGACGAAAGUGUUUGGUGGCUUUCAACCUGUUCUUUUCCGGGUUCUCCGGAAUUGUGUUGCAGUUUGUCGACAACCCGUACAUCACCGUAGGGUUGUUUUGUUCAUUUCUAGUGUUUGCUGGGACAUCAAUUUCCGUCUUAAACGGUGCAACCGUAUCGAUCUUUCCCACAAAUGUGCGCGCAAUGGCGGUUUGUCUAAGCCUGAUGAUGGGACGGCUAGGAAGCGUUUUCGGGAGUAAUCUGGUAGGCCUCAUUAUGGAACAGAAUUGCACUCUUACAUUCUAUCUCUUUGCCAGUGGGUCCAUUAUCUGCGCAGCACUUACGCUUGUCCUGCCCAGCUAGUAGUAAAAGCAUGUUUGUCAAGUGCUUUGAAUUCAUUGAAAGCAUCAUGUUCAGUUCGAUUACACCGAAAUGGAGGUAGAAAUGUGAAUGCAAAACUGUCCGUUGAAUUAAUACGAUCUUGAGUUUACGUUGUAAAAAUAGAAAGCCUUGAUACAUACUGGGUUAACUGCUGGUGCUACAAUACCCCUUCACGCAACGUUAAUAAUAAUCCGAUGAUCCGAUUCUAUUGUCAGGGAAAUAAAGUGAACCCAUUGACGCGAUAUUCACGUUUUGUAGACUUUCGGCAGUUUGCAAGAAAUUCGAUUGGCGUCAUCAAACAAUCCCACAGCAGAAACAACCAGUUGGUAUAGAUCAAACGACAAAUACGAAGAAUGGAAUUGUUUUGACACCUUUUUUUGUUGCUGCUCUUAAGUAUUUUCUCUCAGUUUGCGCUGCUGCAUUCCUUCGAGCCUUUCUUUACUCCUGUUUUUUUUUUGCAAGUUUCAAAUGACGUAUCUCACGAGCGUUCUUAUCGCAUUACACGUACACGUAUAAGAGAAGGAUUCAAAUAUUGUUUUCUCUAUUGGCUUAAAUUUUGACUGGAACAAAUGCAAUAUCUAUCGAAUGUCUGAAAUACCAUGAAAAUGUUCCUAAAGCAUGAUGAUUGCCUAGUCGAACUUAAGUUUUCGUUAGAGCUCACAAACAAAUAUCACGUAUCUGGAAGGAGUUAAUGUCGUCAGCGUCAGUCUAUGAUUGAAUUUAAAUUAAAAUAAAAACAGUUCAAAAUAUACACAAAAUGAGGACACAUGUAAUCGACGGUUUGAGGGAAAAAAUAAUUGAUUUCAACAGAAACAGCUCAUACAAGAAAGCUAACACGCUUGAUGAAAUAUAAAAUAGAUUGUGAAAACCAAAUAAGUAAUAUUUAAUAAACGGUUGACUGAUUCAAUCAUAGCGGUGUUAUGUAGGUUUAAGUCUAAUAUUUUUAUCACGCUAUAGGAAUGCAAAC